AAAAAAUAACACGUGAACACUACUAUAUUUAUCCAUAAUCUAUGUUUGUUUGAGAGAUAAAUGAUUGGAUCUGUGAGAAACCAUUUAACCGGUCUUUUUAGUUCUUCAUUUGACUGAGGAAAAAAAAAGAAGCAUUUUCAUUGAUACGACGAUUUGUUCCAAAUGGAUGUGCAAGAGGCGGCUUGGCACAAAGAGAUCUGGGAUGGUCAUGUGAAAAGAGAAAACAUGGGGAAAGAGAUGAUUUGCGAUGUAUCUCCACACGUAAUGUUGAACUCACACGGCGUGUGGGAGAAAUUAGCUUCUGGAUCUACAGGAAUGUCUUUCUGGGAGUACCCUCUUCCUAAGCUAGAGAUCAUAAUUCUCUCCACAUUCAUAUCAUGGCGUUUCUUUGAUAUGUUGUUCAAGAAGUUAGGUGCUCCUAUUCCAAGGUUCACAUCCAUGAUGCUUGUCGGGGCAGUCUUAAGCGAGCCGUUUCAGUCGACGCAGAUGUCAUGGUUUCGACACAUCUUUAUCUGUGACAGUUACAUGCCAAAUGUUGCUGAGACCAUUGGUACAUUUGCUUUUGUCCUAAACUGGUUCCUGAGAGGCGUGACUACGAAUGUUGGCAUGCUUAAAAAGUCCAGAACUAAGAGUGUCGUUAUUGGAGUCACCUCAAUGAUAUUCCCAUGGUAUAUCGCAAAACUGACCUAUUCAGGUAGAGAGAAAUCAAGUAUCUUAACCAUGACGAAUCAAGAGUAUAGUGUAAUUAUAUUCGCCAUGAGCAUGUCGCCCUUCACUUGCAUCAGCACGCUCCUUACAGACCUUAAGAUAGUUCACACUGAGUUCGGCCAAAUCGCUCAGUCGUCGGGAAUGAUAAUCGAUAUGUUUGCUUUUUCCAUGAGUGUAUGGACUCGCGUUGGCCAAGAUUAUUAUACUGGUACGCGGCUGGGAGUUGCUUUCAUGGUCUUCUUCGUUUUCAUGUACCUUGUGCGACAAGCCAUGCUUUGGGUGAUUAGACACACACCAGAAGGAGUACCGGUGAAGAACAUCUAUCUCUAUAUUGGUCUCUUGCUAGCUUACGUUUCUUACCUUUACUGGACUCACUUCUUGUUCUUCGGGCCGUUGGGUGCAUUUCUUCUUGGUUUGGCUAUCCCGGAUGGGACGCCAUUAGGAUCAGUAUUUAUACAAAAAUUCGACAGCUUCAAUGAGGGCAUCUUCUUACCCCUCUUUGGAUCACUUACCAUGAUCAAACUAGAUUGGCCAUUUCUAGUUAAGGAGCUUGCAAAUGUAAAACAUCUCCAUGGACAUGUCUACGAGUGUUUUUCCUUCAUUUUCCUCAUAUACCUAGCGAAAUUCUCGACUUCUUUCUUAACAGCCAUAGCUACAAAAAUACCUUUGAGAGACUCGUUGAUCCUAGGUUUCAUUUUGGGAACCAAGAGUAGUUUUGAGUUGGCUUUCGUACUCCAGGCCUUCGAAAAAGACAGAAUUAGUUUGGAGGUUUUCACGCUCAUUGGCAUAUACAUCCUCGCAAACUCUUUGUUAACACCAAUGGCUAUACACUUCUUGUAUAACCGGGAGAAGAGAUUCUCGUCUUACGGGAAAAGAAGCUUGAAACAUAAGUCGGAUCUACAAAUGUUGGUGUGCAUCAACAAGCCUGACAACAUAACAUCCAUGAUCAGCCUUCUAAAAGCAGCUUCACCAUCAAAAGACUCUCCAGUGGCGUGUUGUGUUCUUCACCUAAUUGAGCUAGUGGGUAAAGCCACUCCCACGUUUAUCUCCCACCAGCUUCAGAAACCAAAGCCUGGAAGCCGGUCUUACUCCGAGAAUGUCAUAAGCUCUUUCCAACUGUUUCGAGCGGUUCACCCCGGCUACACUUCUAUACACAUGUUCACCUCUAUAACUUCGGCUAAAGAGAUGCACGAUCACAUUUGUUGGUUUGCUCUUGAUAAAAGUUCGACUCUUAUUCUCCUCUCUUUUCACCGCACUUGGGGUGCUUACGGGAGUAGCGUCAUCUCGGACGAUCAAACACUGAGAAAUCUUAACCGUAAUGUCAUGAGACGAGCACCUUGCUCUGUCGGAAUUCUUGUUUAUCGCAAACCAAUCUGGCAACCCAAAUCCAUAGAUUCUCCAUGCCGUGUGUGCUUGAUAAACGUGGGCGGAAACGAUGACAAAGAGGCCAUGGCAUUAGCAGACCACAUGAGAGGUAACCAGAAAGUGAGUCUAACGGUGCUGCGUCUGAUCCCUACGUCUAAAUCCGACGAGAGCAGCGAGUGGAGUCAGAGUCAAAGGGUAGACAUGAGCGAGGAUGAAGAGAGGACUGAAGAUGACUCCAUCGUGUACAUUGUUAGGGUGGUGGCGGAUGGUAGAGAGACUUCAAAGAUUUUGCACUCUGUGGCUUAUGACUAUGAUAUGUUCUUGGUCGGGAGAAGUAGUGGAGUUGGUACUUUAGUCACCAAAGGACUCGGUGAUUGGAUGGAGUUCGACGAACUUGGAGUCAUUGGAGAUUUGUUAGCAUCUCAAGAUUUUCCUUCUAGAGCCUCCGUCUUGGUCGUCCAACAAUAAUAAGAAUGAGAGAAGUAGCCUUUUUCCUAAAAUUACAUUUAGCUUCAAUCUUGUUUUCAUUUCCUUUUUUUUUAUUUCACCCACAGUAGAUUUUUGUCUUGUAAUGAUUACAAACAUGUACAGUGUGGGAAGAGAUAUGAAACAAGAUAAGAAAUUCAUACAGAAACCAUGGUUGAGAUUUGAAUCUGAAAAAAAUAUAUACUAGUUAGUUAAUUUUACUGAUCAACCUCAAAGUGUUUCAUUUCGUUCGAGUGUUAGUAUCAUUUAGAAUUUUAGAUCCCAAAGUGAAGGAAAAGAGAGAGAGAGAGAGAGAGAGGCGGGCGAAAUUCUGCCGCCAUAUUUUACGUUUCAUUCGAGGUUGCAACACUUGUUCUCUCUUAAACCCUAGUUUCAACCUCUUUCCUCCUCCUCACUGAGUUUUUGAUGUUAGCGAUUCGAUCAUCAAAUUACUUCCGAUGCAAAUCUUCUCUCUGUACUAAGACCCGAUUUUCUCAAUUCUCCUCCGUCUUGUUCUCUUUCAGCCGCCAAAUUUCCCCCUCGCGCUUUAGCUCGUGCCACAGAGCCAUGUCUUCCUCUCGCCCUUCCGCAUUUGACGCUCUCAUGUCCAAUGCUCGCGCAUCCGCCAAGAAGAAGACGCCCCAGGCCUCUACUCCGUCUCGCUCCCCGAACAAAAGGAAAAUCUCGGAAACCCAAGACGCUGGUUUGGCCCAAACUCUUGUUCCGGAAGGUAAACUUUCGAAAACGGAGAAUCCGGUGGAACCCACUUCUGAUUCCGCAGAACCCAGAUCGGAUGCGCCGUCAACUGCUGGAGACUCAAAGAACGGAACGAAAAAGUCUAGGUCUUUGAGCCAGGCGGAGAAAAUUGACGAACUGAAGAGCAAAAUUGGACUGCUGAAGAAGAAGCCCGGCGAUUUCAACCCGGAAAAUGUGUCUUGUUGGGGGAAAGGGGAGAGAGUUCCGUUUCUGUUUGUCGCCUUGGCUUUUGAUCUGAUUUCAGCUGAAAGUGGCCGGAUUGUGAUCACUGAUAUCCUCUGCAACAUGUUGAGAACCGUUAUUGCCACCACUCCCGACGAUUUGGUCGCUACUGUCUAUCUUGCGGCGAAUGAGAUUGCUCCUGCUCACGAAGGAGUGGAGUUGGGGAUUGGUGAAGGUUCCAUUAUCAAGGCAAUCUCCGAAGCUUUUGGUAGAACUGAGGCGCAGGUUAAGAAGCAGAAUACGGAGCUGGGAGACUUGGGGCUUGUAGCAAAAGGAAGCCGUUCGUCUCAGACUAUGAUGUUCAAGCCCGAACCAUUGACUGUUGUUAAGGUUUUCAACACAUUUCGACAAAUUGCUAAGGAAAGUGGAAAAGAUAGUUCAGAAAAGAAGAAGGACCGAAUGAAGGCACUUCUUGUGGCAGCAACAGACUGCGAACCUCUUUACUUAACUCGUUUACUUCAGGCAAAAUUGAGGUUAGGGUUCUCAAAUCAGACUGUCUUAGCUGCCUUGGGACAAGCAGCUGUGUAUAACGAAGAACACUCAAAGCCACCCUCAAGUACCAAGUCUCCUUUAGAAGAGGCUGCAAAGAUUGUCAAACAAGUGUUCACUGUACUUCCUGUCUAUGACAUUAUUGUUCCUGCUCUUCUUACUGGUGGUGUGUGGAAUCUUCCUAAAACUUGUAACUUUACACUGGGUGUUCCAAUUGGACCUAUGCUUGCAAAACCAACAAAAGGUGUAGGUGAAAUUCUGAAUAAAUUCCAGGACACCGUUUUCACAUGCGAAUACAAAUAUGAUGGAGAACGUGCGCAGAUACAUUGUAUGGAGGAUGGUACAUUCGAGAUAUAUAGUCGAAAUGCUGAAAGAAACACUGGGAAGUACCCCGAUGUUGCUCUUGCGUUAUCAAGAUUAAAGAAGCCCUCUGUGAAAUCGUUUAUCCUGGAUUGUGAGGUUGUUGCUUUCGACAGGGAAAAAAAGAAAAUUCUUCCAUUCCAGAUUUUGAGCACCCGAGCUCGUAAAAAUGUGAAUGUGAAUGAUAUCAAAGUUGGCGUAUGCAUCUUUGCUUUUGACAUAUUAUAUCUAAAUGGCCAACAACUUAUCCAGGAGAAUCUGAAUAUUCGCCGAGAGAAGUUAUACGACUCGUUUGAGGAAGAUCCUGGAUAUUUCCAGUUUGCAACUGCUCUAACAUCCAGCGAUAUUGAUGAAAUACAAAAGUUUCUUGACGCGUCUGUUGACAUUGGCAUUGGGGACUCUGUGGAUCUUGUACCAAUUGCUGCUUUCCAUGGACGUGGCAAACGCACAGGUGUCUUUGGUGCAUUUUUACUAGCUUGCUACGAUGCUGAUAAGGAAGAAUUCCAGAGCAUCUGUAAAAUAGGUACUGGAUUCUCUGAAGCCGUGCUUGAAGAGCGGUCUACAAGUCUUCGCUCUAGAGUGAUUCCUACUCCAAAACAAUACUACCGAGUUGGAGACAGUCUCAAUCCAGAUGUUUGGUUCGAGCCCACUGAGGUCUGGGAAGUGAAGGCAGCUGACUUGACAAUUAGCCCUGUGCAUCGUGCAGCUACCGGCAUUGUGGACCCUGAAAAGGGAAUUUCUCUACGUUUUCCUCGUCUACUCCGUGUACGGGAAGACAAGAAGCCAGAGGAAGCAACAUCAUCCGAACAGAUUGCUGAUAUGUACCAAGCUCAGAAGCACAAUCAUCCAAGCAAUGAAGGCAAAGGUGACGAUGAUUGAACAACUGUAAUCUGGUCUUGGAGCCUAUUUAAUUGUAUGUACUUACGGUGCUUCUAAACAACAUGUUUGAGUUUUCAACCGUAACUGCUAAUGAAAAACUUUUUUUAGAGAAAGUUAAUGAGAGGUUCUGGGGAAAAAAAAAAGAGUUGUUCUGAUUCAUGGCCACGCUAAUCAGU